CCAGAGGCCGUUUAAGGUCUGGGACGGAACCGGCAGCGGGGAGGAUGAGGUACCUCCUUGACUUGAUUCUGCUGCUGCCCUUGCUCAUCGUCCUCUGCAUAGAGUCUCUUGUCAGGCUCUUUAUUCCCAAGAAGAAAAAAUCAGUCGCCGGAGAGAUCGUCCUGAUCACUGGAGCUGGUCACGGAAUUGGGAGGCUGACUGCCUACGAGUUUGCCAAACUCAACAGCAAACUGGUUCUCUGGGAUAUCAAUAAGAAUGGCAUCGAGGAGACAGCCGAAAAGUGCAGGAUGCUGGGCGCUCAGGCCCAUCCCUUUGUGGUGGACUGCAGCAAGAGGGAAGAGAUUUACAGUGCUGCAAAAAAGGUAAAGGAAGAAGUCGGAGAUGUUAGCAUCCUGGUAAACAACGCUGGCGUCGUCUACGCUGCAGAUUUAUUUGCUACACAGGACCCUCAGAUCGAGAAGACUUUUGAAGUCAAUGUGCUUGCACACUUUUGGACCACGAAGGCGUUUCUCCCGGCGAUGAUGAGUAACAACCAUGGCCAUAUUGUCACUGUGGCAUCGGCAGCUGGGCACACGGUUGUUCCCUUCUUGCUGGCUUACUGCUCCAGCAAGUUUGCUGCUGUUGGGUUCCACAGAGCCUUGACUGAUGAACUGGCUGCUUUGGGACGGACAGGAAUAAGGACAUCGUGCCUCUGCCCUAACUUCAUAAACACUGGCUUCAUCAAGAACCCAAGUACCAAUUUAGGGCCCACCCUGGAACCUGAGGAGGUGGUAGAGCAUCUCAUGUAUGGCAUCCUCACCGAGAAGAAAAUGAUUUUUGUUCCGGGAGCUAUAGCGCUGUUGACAGUAUUGGAACGGAUCUUUCCUGAGAGGUUCCUGGGCAUUUUAAAACACAGGAUCAAUGUUAAGUUUGAUGCCGUUGUUGGCUACAAAGAUAAAUGAAGACGAGUCAUGGUCUCCCUGAAAGCCGGUUCACUGGGUCCC